AAUGUACGCAGAGGAAGUGAGUGCGGCAGGAGGCCGGCAGCGCAGGGGACCAUGCUGCCCCGAGCAGCCCGGCGCUGCCCCUGCCCAUCGCCCCGCUGAUCGCCCGCGGGCCCGGAAAGGAAUUGCCAUGCCCACAGGGAUCUUCCGAGUGUGCCUGGUGGUGAUAACAGCUAUCGUCAACCACCCACUCCUCUUCCCCAAAGAAAAUGCUACUGUCCCCGAGGACACGGAGGAAAUCAUCCAGAGGAUGAAGGAGCGUGAGGAGAACCUCCGGCUGGAGCAGCUACGCUUGGAGCAGGAGAUGGCAGGGCAGGAGUCCGCCCAGAAGGCUUUGGAAGAGGCCCCUAAGCUGGAGGAGAAGCUCGAAGAGGAUGCUCUGCGUUGGGACUUGUGGAGCGCCAUGUCCAUGGUUGUCUUCCUACUGAUUGAGCUCUGGAGGCAAGAUUUCCAGGAUGGGAACUGGCAGGACUGGGCCGGUGAGGAGGAUGACAUGGCCAUCCUGGGGAAAGCAUUUAAGGGGGUGGCCCUGCCAAAUAAGGCCACCUUGGCCAACUUCUAUGAGAGGUGCAUCGUGGGUGUCACUGGCGAGAUGGCCCGGAUGCGGGAGAUGGUGGAAGGUUUUGCAGACGACUUGUUGGAAGCCCUACGGAGCGUGUGUAACCGGGAUGCUGACAUGGAGGUGGAGGAGUGCAUAGGGGUAGGGAGCAUGUAUGAAAACUGGAGGGUGCGCAAGCCAUAUGUGUGCGACUUGAUUGUGCCUUUUACCCCCCCAGAGCCCUACCGUUUCCAGUCGCAGGUGUGGUGCUCUGGGGACUCCAUCCCCCCAGAUAAGCAAGGCUACGGUACCAUCAAGGUUUGCCGGAGGGAUGAGGAUGUGGCAGGCUGUAUCUGCGACAAGACUAAGCUGGGUGAAGACAUGUUGUGCCUCCUCCAUAGCCAAGCCAGCCAGACCAGGCACAACAGCGAGAGGGAGGACCUGCUCUGCUUUAACAACACCCAGUAUCUGGAUGCUGACCAGGUGAUGAAGUGGUUCCAGAUUGCCAUCACCAAGGCCUGGAACAGAAUAUCCCACAAGUACGAAUUUGAUCUCACCUUCAGCCUCUUGGACUCCCCAGGUGCCCUGAAGAUAAAAUUCAGGUCUGGAAAGUCCAUCGCCUUCAACAUCACGCCCGUGGUGCAAUGCGAAGACUCUGAUGUCUACUUCAUCUCCCACUUUCCCCGCAGCGGCCUGACAGCUGAUCCCUCCUCCAACACUUACUGGUUUCUUACUUUCGCAGUGUAUGAGAGACGGUUCAUCCAUUCCCUCUCCAAAACACUGCCUGCCAAUGCCUGCCACCUCAGCUGCCUUCAGAUCCUCUCCUUCCUGCACGAAAAGCAAUGUAGCCUCUCGGGUCCAAGCGGCCUCACAAACUACCACCUGAAAACAGCAAUGCUGCAUUUGCUACAGACCCGUCCCCAUCAGGACUGGGCCCCGGAAAACCUGGAAGCCAGGCUGCAAGACAUGCUGAAAUUCCUGGAGAAAAGCCUGCAGGAAAAGAAGCUAUGCCACUUCUUCAUUGGAAAUCGUAAGGUGCCAGAGGAGCUAGGUUUCCCGGGGAUAUUCCAGAAGGCUGAGCCCCUCAACCUUUUCCGAUCAUUUGUGCUUCACAGAGACAUUUACCAAAAGACGGUGGAUACGUUUCACGAGAUGCUGAGGAACACAUCUGCUCUGAUCAAUGAAUACACGGUGCACGUUCCUAUAGAGCAUACAAACGGGCUUCACAAAGAGUCUCUUUAGCCAAGACAUCUGAGAAACACUUGUCCUCUAUGCACAAGUCUCUGGGGCAGCUUAAAAGCCUUAUCGAGGCAAUGGACUUUGACGUGAGAGAUUUCCACCUUUCAUGGCAGCUAAUUCAGGCCUGGUUUACCCAGCAUCAGGGAGGAAAGAGAAUGGGUAGGAACUGGAAAGCACAUGCUGUGAAAGUGUCUCUCUACUCCACCAGUGUGUUAGCUGUUUUUUAUGCAACUCAGAAUAUAUUUUUGUACUAUGCACUAGUCUGACUGUGGUGGUGACAAGCAACAGAUGUAAUUUAUACAGAUGUUGCAUUGCAAAAACAUUGGCAAUUGUUCAGCGUCUCAAGCCAAAUAUUGAGUUUGUUUUUAAAGGGGAUGUAAUAAAAUGGUGAGGAGAAUCUAAGAUAAAAAGAGGAUGUUGAAAGAGUCCUCUUCCCUGAAAGGCAACAGCUCUGUGACUGCUGUUAUUCUGUUAUUCUUACCGUACUAUUAUUAGUCUUUUGUAUAGUCAUAAUGGUAAUGUCCAGGGGAGUGGAUUUUGUGCGUGGGUGAAUAUAUUUGCAUGGCAGUUUUCCAUGUCUGCUCUGGAUGAAAUCAUUGACCAUUCUUUGUAAAAGAAAAAGAAAAACUUCCUCCAAGACAUAAAACUGUAAGACGGCAGAUGCCAAGAGAUAACUGUUUGGGCUCUUCACAUAAGCAGAUGAUGCAUGAGAAGAGGGAACUCACCGAAAAAACUAUGAAAUGAACCCAGUCACAAUAAGCUGAUGCCAAAGGGGUAGAUCUUAAUCUCAAAAUUUAAUACAAAUCAUGUAGUGCAUUUGUAAUGAGGUCAGGGCAGGUACAAGUGCUGUAACUAAGGGAGAGAGCAGAGCACACUGGUGGCUGGCAAACUUGGUUUUUGCAGCAAUGCUGCAGUCUGACUCCCUCCAUUGUGUCUGUCUUAUCUUUCAUAGAGGUAACCUGGGGUAUCUGCCUGCAUCCAAACAAGGCUCCUUCUAGACCUUGUUAAUGCUGCUGCUUGGAGCAGGUUGCAUUUAGGAGUGUCAGGUAGAGCAAGCUGCAUGGCCUGCAAUCAUCUGAGACCUGACCAUAGUGAAUGUUCAGCCACUACUGACCUUCAGGUAGGAGAGAGAGAGAAAGUCUUGGAUGAGCGUACGAGCUUUUAAUGUUUUAAUCAAGUAGAGCUCUUCAACUUGGGUGUACUGUUUUCAUUGUUCUCCUUUCGGAAGAGGAAGAUGCAGCCCUGGUUGGCGGCAUGGGUAGCAUUGGUUGUUCCAUCCUACAGCAGAUUACCAUCAUUCCCAUAUUAUUGCACCUCCCCACUUGACCCAUAUAUGGUAUAUGGCAGACACAGAAGAUAGGUUUGAUCCUACUACCCUGAAGGUGAUGCCUUCUGGCAGGAGUUCAUUAUCCAGCUUGCCAUUAAGCAGACCUUCAAAAGAAGAUUGAAGCACAAAUCACUGUCUCACCUCUGUAGACAGCUGCGCAGGCCUGCCUCUCCAGGGACAAGGGAGUUGUGGGACACAGACAUAUAGGGUGGCUGGGCAAGGAUGUUAAUAGCUUACACAAGUCCCAGGUGAGAGAGAGGAACCCAUUUGCAAUGAGCUGCUGAGUAACUACCCAAGUUUGUAACUACACCGUUCCCCAUGCCAUUACACCCAGGCUUGCUAUAAAAAGUGGGGAGGGAGUGACAGGAGAGAGAGGGGCAAUUGGCCAGAGCCAUAGGAGAAUGUCUUGGGUCCUGCAUGAAGCAGAUAUUUGUCUCCAUCUCCAAACUAACCCUUGUAACUCUGUGCUCAGGAGAACCUCACAGCUGGAGAAGCAGGAGGGAAGGUCUCACUGCUGGAGGUCAGAUGUGAAGCUCACUGGUGCUGUCGGAUUAACCUUUUAGCACGAGCCAUUAAACCCCUUUAAGAGAAAUAAGAACCAGGCUUGAGGCACUCUGCAGAGAAUCAGAUAGUGAUGAGUAGAAGUAAAAUGUUGGUUUGAGACCCGUGGGGAUCUGGAGCUUCUCAUAUAUCUAGAAUAUUUUCAAACUAAAGCAACAACUUUGUGGCUGCUGAGUUUCUCGCUCCCUGAGGUCUGUUGUACAGUGUCUACACCAGACCUAUAUUUAUACAGAUGUACUAUGUGCAGAUGUACUAUGGUGAAGCACUUGUGGCCUCGGUUCCUCUUCACUGUGCUGCUGCCAUGGCGAAAGACAAAUUUAAAUCUCUGAUGUUUCCUGCAAAGAGCCUAAAUUUAGCGCGUGAGAAGUACAGAAAUACACCCCUGACCCAGGUCACACAGGAAAUGAUGUGCUGGGCUGAAAAAAACCCAUCAAGCCUUUAUAUAAAAUGGGGGAAAGGGAGAGUAAAAGACUGCUUAUAAACAAAAAUUCUCAUUUCCCUUGUGCAAAAUGUUGGAACAAAGAUGCUUUCAUCCAGCAUGGAUUUCCUCUCCGGUGGUUUGACUCUUGCUGGUUUUAGGAGGAUGUUUUUAGUUGAGUUUGCAGUCAUAAACAGGUAGUGGGGAAAGUAAACCUUGCAAAUGACACUAUGCUAGCAACAUGUUAAAUAGUAGUAGGGGCAUUAGGGAUUUUUUCUUAUCCUGCUGGAUUGUCCCGUGGCAAUUCUGGACCUCGUCUGGUGGUAAUAGAAGAAAUGUAGAGCACUAACAGGGACUCCUAAUGAAACAUGUCUUGCCUCAGUCCCUUCCCUGGACAAGAUACCGCUCCACUAAGUGUUUAACGUGACAUGCUUACUCUGCUUCAGGCUUUUCUGCUGAUCACAACUUCAGGCUAUAAGAGAGCCUACAGAUAUGUCUCCACUCAGGGGAAAGCCCUGUGUGUGAACGGACUCACUGUGCUUCAGGAAACCCCACAGGAGAGCUCUCCAUAUGGCUAUCACUCUGCAGGCAUUUCAACACAAGACACUUACUGCGGAGUAGACUAAUUAGCUCUGCAGUAAACGUGUGCCUACACAUGCACCCCUAUUAGGCUAGAGUAAAUGAAUUAACUCUGCAUCAGGAUAGUACUUGUAUUUACAGGAUAGUACUAAUUUACAACUACUAUCCUGCCAUGGAGUUUUUUUGCUUUGCAGCAGUGCACGUGUAGACAUUGCCCUGGCUGGCUGGAGCACAAGGGUGCUUCAGUGUGG